AAAAAAUCUUGGAAGUUGUCUCUAUCUUCCCCAGAUUUUGUUUUGUUUUGAAAGCAAACCACAACUUCUUUGCGUCUCUGCUAACAUUCCUCCCGAUAUUUCUGCUCUUAAAUCAAGGACAAGAAAGCUCCCUGCUCACGCUAUAAACCCUUCUCUUCUUAAACUUUUUCAGGUGAUUUUUCUUGAUUUUCUUGUGAGGCAGAGAUGAGUGAACAAAUGGUGGUAUACGUCGACCGACUGAUGCAGCCGGUUCCCUUACCUCCGGUUCUCCCGGAGGUGGUUGACUCGGAAGCACCUGAGCCGUGUGGUAUCAGAGAGGAAGAGGAGGAUUCAGUGGUUUGGUGGAGGGAGUGUCGUAUUUGUCAGGAGGAAUCUGCUAUUAAGAAUCUUGAGAGCCCAUGUGCUUGCAAUGGAAGCUUAAAGUAUGCUCAUAGAAAAUGUGUUCAACGUUGGUGCAAUGAAAAAGGAAAUACUAUAUGUGAGAUCUGUCAUCAGCCAUACCAAGCUGGAUAUACCUCUCCACCACCUCCACUCCAAUCUGAUGAAACUACUAUUGAUAUUGGUGGAGGAUGGACAAUCUCAGGUUUGGAUUUAGACCAUCCACAUCUACUGGCAAUUGAAGAAGCUGAACGUCAGAUUCUAGACUUGGAGUAUGAUGAUUAUACAGAACCAGAUACUAGUCUAGCUGCAUUUUUCCGCAUAUCUGCUCUAAUUCUUUUCUUACUCCGAGCUGCCACUUUUCUUCUUCCUUGCUACAUCAUGGUUUCAGCCAUUGGUAUCUUGCAUCGGCGAAGAGAAAGACAGGAAGCAGCAGCUUUGGUCAGCCAGUUUGCGUUAGUGCUCAGCUCACGCCAACCUAGAGCCAUGGUUAAUUAUAUGUCCAUGGAGCCUUGA